AUGGUCAUAUCCUUACUGUUUCUAGCACUUCUCUUCAUUGUUGGCCUCAUCAAUACGAUUUUCAACUUACCCACAAAGAAAAUCAAGUCCUGGUUUGAAUCUUUCUAUGUCAAAGCUCCUCCACAGGUGGUGGUCUCAAACUCUUCCAUGGCGGAGAAGAAGGUGAAGAGUGAUAAUAUUCAUAAUAAAGCUGAGAUCAGAAGUGUUUUUGCCACCUUUGACAAGAACAACGAUGGGUACAUAACAAAGCAAGAGCUCAGAGAGUCACUGAAGAACAUUGGAAUUUUUAUGGAGGAGAGAGAGGUUGUUGGUAUGAUCGAAAAGGUUGAUUCUAAUGGGGAUGGGUUGAUUGAUCUUGACGAGUUCUGUGAGUUGUUUGGAGAUUUGGAGGGGAGGAGAGAGAAAGAGAGAAGUGAAGAUGAGGGAGGAGGAGAGGGGUAUUUGAAGGAGGCUUUUGAUGUUUUUGAUGGAGAUGGAGAUGGGUUGAUUACAGUGGAAGAGUUGGGUUUGGUGCUGUCUUCUUUGGGGUUUAAGGAAGGGAAGAAGUUGGAAGAUUGCAAAGAGAUGAUUAGGAAGGUUGAUUUGGAUGGAGAUGGUAUGGUUAAUUUGGAUGAGUUUAAGACGAUGAUGAAAGCUGGUGGAAGGCUUGUUUCAAUUUCCUAA